CCGUAUAGGCAAAUGCUAAGGGCGCCGUCCAUCAGGGGGCGCCACGCCAGUGCCACAAAUGUUGAAAAAAAAAAAAAAGUUGGUACUAUUAUUUCUAAGUACAAAAAAUAAUCCCACGUUAAUUAAAAUGCAAAGUAAAGCUUAUUUAAUAGAAAUAUUAUUUGUUACAACAUUACGCCCCCCCCGCACGGUGCGCCCCCUCCCUUCCCGUAUCAUGGUUCCUUUUGGACGUCACCACAUCAAAAAAUCAACACAAGAUGUCAAAACGGCCAAAACUGUCAGCUGCCCAGGGAAGAAAAGAGAGAAAAGAAGAGGAGGAGAAACGAGAAAAAGACAGAGAUGCACUGUUGAAGUUUCUAAAUCCCACCCCUGGGCCAUCUACCACAUCUACCGCUGCUGCCUCCACUUCAGCAGCACAACCCACCAGUGAUGCAGCAUCAGCAGCACAACCCAGCCAUGAUGCAGCAGCAUCAAGCGGUCUUCCUGUUGCCUCCACCUCAGCAGCACAACCCAGCAGUGAUGCAGCAACAUCAAGCGGUCUUCCUGCUGCACCAAUAGACCCUGCUGACUGGCCUUCUGCUUUAACUGAAAAGGAAACAGUGACGGCUGUUUCCAGCAGACUGCAGAUCGACUGCAGCAGUUCUUCCUCCUGUUAUCACCUCUGAUCGUCUCUGCUGUAACUCGACUCUCACUGAGUCGCCUUCACUCUGACUCAACUUUCCUUCUUCAACCUGGAAAGAAAAUGAUGCAGCAACAAUCUCAGGUGUGAUCGUGUCCUUGAACCACACACCGACACAUCAUGUUUCAGAAGACACGCGAGAGCCUCACACAGAAGAAAUACACAACAGUGAUGACACACCGACCUCUGCCAGAAAUUCCUCUGUUAUGUCUCCCGCUGAGGGACAGUGCGGCUGGAACAUCUGACACAUGUGAUGCUGAACCUCCAAACAGCAGCAGCUAUGACCAAAGGCUUCCUCACAAUGACGAGCGUCACUGCAGCCACAGCUAUGAAGUGAUGCCACAUCACAAUGAUCUGCAGCUGCUGAAUAGCAGCGAUGAUCUGCAGCCACCAGACAUGUCUGAGAUCAGGGUGGUUCUGCUGGGGAACAUUCAGUCUGAGAGGGCAGCUGUGGUGAACUUCAUACUGGAGGUUCCUGUGUUUAGCCCUGAGGAAGAGCCAGACUAUCAGCCGGUCAGAGGACUUCUGAGGGACAAAGAAAUCACCCUAAUCAACACUCCAGAUCUGCUGCUUCCAAACAUCUCUGAAGACGAUCUGAGAGAACAUGUAGAAAACUGUGUGAGGCUCACAGCUCCUGGACCUCAUGUGUUCCUGCUGGUCCUGCAGCCUGAAACCUUCACAGAGGAUCACAAACAGAGACUCUGCAAAGUCCUGAAACUCUUCGGAAAACGAGUGUUUGAUCAUUCGCUGGUUCUGCUAUCAGCAUCCAAAAACAGGGGCUCGAGUUUCAUGGAAGAGCUCGGGCUCCAUCGUCCCUUAAAAGAUUUAAUCAAAAUGUGCAGUUACAGAUAUCUGUGGAGGGAAAACCUCGAACCUCAAGAGCUCUUCACACGCCUGGUCCAGAUUUUUAAGGAGAACAAUGGAGAGCAUGUGAGAUAUAAAGCACAUAGUUAGGAAACCUUCACUGAGGUGUCAGGUCUCAAAAUGCAGAGAACAACCUGCACUGUGUAACCCACAGAGGACUGCAUGCCUUUUAAAACCAGAGUAAAGACCAAAAGUUUGUUGUAGUAUCGAAGUGAGUAUCAACCAACAGCAAGGGGUAAAAGUAGCUUUUUGUUUUUUUAAAGGCACCAAAAUAGUAGAAAUAAAAGAUGUAUAAGAAUU